CUGGGAGUGAUCUGUUUCCUAUAAAUAGCAGCCAGAAGAGCCAGAGGAGCAGAGAGGCUGAGAACAACCUAGCAGCUGCCAGUUCUCAAGCUGAAGCUCUCCUCCUCACCGUCCAACAUGAAGGUCUCUGCAGAGCUCCUCUGCCUGCUGCUCGUAGCAGCCACCUUCAGCAGCCAAGUGCUCACUCAGCCAGCUUCCAUUUCGAACAUGUGCUGCUUUAAAGUGGCCAGCAAGAAGAUCCCCAUCCAGAGACUGGAGAGCUACACACAAGUUGCCAGCAGCAAAUGUCCCCUGACAGCUGUGGUCUUCAAGACCAAGUUGGCCAAAAAAAUCUGUACUGACCCCAAGAAGAAGUGGGUUCGAGAUUCCAUGAAAUACCUGGACCAAAAAUCUCAUAUUCCAAAGCCAUAAGCCAAACCCAUCACUGCUGAGGUGAUUCCGACACGUGGUGACCCCACGUGUGUCAGAGUAGAAUUGCACUCCACAGGGUCUUCGAUGGCGGUUACCGCACAGAAGUAGAUCUCCAGGCCUUUCUUCUGCUCCAAAACCAUAAAUGUUCACUUCUUUUGAAACCACACCAGAGUCUGAGAAAUGCUUGAUUCAUUUUCCCUGGCCUCCCUAAGAUGUGUUCUGAGAUAAUGUCAUCAUCAUUCCAAAAGGGAUGGGUUUUAUUUAAUAAUUAAAAAAACAUUUAAUUUAAGUGAUUGAAUUUUUUAAACAUAACUGCCAUGACUAUCUGUUGUUUUUAAAAUAGAAAGCUUUGGGCAGGUUGCUUUCCCUCCAUG